AUGACCUGCACUCUGGAUUGUCGCUACCUUGACAAAGACUUUGGGGACAAUAUUUACAAGCUCAAGCGCGAUGCCGAAGCUACCGCCGCCACCGACAUUGACAAUAGUGAAUCGAUUGUGAUUGAAUCACCAUUGCCACUGCCGACGAAGCUAUCGAUGGUCCCCUCUGCCGUCAAUCUCGACACGCCGACCUUAAUGAUCACAACCUACGACAAGGUGAUCUCGAGGAGGGUCUCGGGAAGGAGCUGUAAGAGUUUUAGGAAGCGCAGAGUGUGGGCGACGAUUGCGAACAUGCAAGCGGCGUCGUUUGAGGAGCAAAUGAACAAGUUGAAAAGGGAUGAACAAGCUGAAGGGGGUGAGGUGAGUUCAGCUAUAUGGGUUGACUUAUGGACCAAACCAGCUAACAAAUAUGGGCUAAGAAUGGAAUUGGGUCUUGGAAGGCGGCAUUUCAUCAAUGAUCCUACCUGCAAGAUGGCCUCCGUUUUCAAUCAUCGCUUCAUUAAGCUCGGCCUUGAGGACAAGGACGUUUUUCAGGGGUUGGUAAUGAUGAGUGUACAAUUCGUCAGUCAGCUCGACAUUCGUAGCCCAACACUCGCUACUACGAUUAGGAGGAAUAAUUAG